AUGUCGGGACAGAUCAUGUGGGGCAAGUUCCUCGCCAUGUCGGCGCUGAUCCUCGGCGGCGGCUACGCGCUGAUGACGGCCACCACGCCGACGGAAGAAGAGCUCUACGCCCGCCUGUCGCCCGACCUCCAGCGCAAGGUCGACGCUAUUCGCGCGGCGCGGGAGAACCCCUCUAAAGUGAAGGAGCAGCUGCAGGAAGCAAGCGACGACAACAAGAUUGUCUGGGCCGAGGACCAGCAGACGCAGCAGCAGCGCAAGAAGUGA